AAUUCCUCUCCGCCAAAAAUUUCCCAGGCUUGCGGUUCAGCGCUGUGCUCCAUCGGCCGAGACAGCAAGCCCGACCAGCCUUGGAUUCACCCCAUUUCCUCGCGCAACAGUCAAAAUGGCGGCUGGGAACACGAAGGGUGGCCUCGCGCAUCGAAAUAAACCCACACCGAAAAAAUCCGACGCGAGAUCGCUCAAGAGGAAGAGGGGCCAAGAGGACCUGGGGAAGUUGAAAGCCGCCAUUGAUCAACUGGACCCCAAGUCUCCCGACAUCAAGCAAUUCACCGACCUCCCCCUCUGCGAAGCCACCGCAUCCGGCCUUCGCGCCUCCCAUUUCGAAGUCUUAACCGAUGUGCAACGAGCCGCGAUUCCCUUAGCCCUGAAGGGCAACGACAUCCUCGGUGCCGCCAAAACUGGCAGUGGCAAAACACUCGCCUUCCUUGUACCAGUCCUUGAGAAGCUCUACCAUGCAAAAUGGACGGAGUACGACGGGCUUGGCGCCCUCAUCAUCAGCCCAACCCGCGAGCUGGCGGUACAAAUAUUCGAGGUGCUGCGAAAGAUUGGGCGGAACCAUUACUUCUCGGCCGGUCUGGUCAUCGGGGGCAAGAGUUUGAAAGAGGAGGCUGAGAGGUUGGGGCGGAUGAACAUCCUGGUUUGCACGCCUGGGCGGAUGUUGCAGCACCUGGAUCAAACGGCAGGCUUCGAUGUCAACAACCUGCAGAUUCUGGUGCUGGAUGAGGCGGAUCGGAUUAUGGACAUGGGCUUCCAGUCGGCCGUCGACGCCUUGGUCGAGCAUCUCCCUACGACAAGGCAAACGCUCCUGUUUUCGGCGACACAAAGUAAGCGCGUUUCAGAUCUCGCACGACUGAGCUUGAAGGACCCGGAAUACGUGUCGGCGCAUGAGGCGGCCGUGAGCGCGACCCCCACGAAUCUACAACAAUCCUACAUUGUAACGCCUCUGGCCGAGAAACUCGACACCCUAUUCGGCUUCCUCCGUACCAACCUCAAGAGCAAAAUUAUCGUCUUCUUUUCCUCGGGCAAGCAGGUCCGGUUUGUGUUUGAGAGCUUCAAGCGCAUGCAGCCCGGCAUCCCGCUUCUCCAUCUCCACGGGCGGCAAAAGCAGGUGGCGCGAAUGGAGAUCACUUCACGGUUUUCCUCGGCAAAAUACGGAUGCCUCUUCGCCACAGACGUGGUUGCCAGAGGCGUGGACUUUCCAGCCGUUGACUGGGUUGUCCAAGCCGAUUGCCCCGAGGACGCAGACACAUAUAUUCACCGCGUAGGGCGGACAGCCCGGUACGAGAGCAAGGGUCGGGCCGUACUCUUUCUGGAACCAAGCGAGGAGGCCGGGUUCCUCAAGCGGCUCGAGCAGAAGAAGGUCCCGUUACAAAAAGUCAACGUCCGUGAAAACAAAAAGAAGAGCAUCAAGAACGAGCUGCAAAGUUACAACUUCCAGUCCCCUGACCUGAAAUACCUCGGGCAAAAGGCUUUCAUCUCCUACACCCGCUCCAUCUACCUCCAAAAAGACAAGGAAGUGUUCAACUUCAAAAAGCUCGACCUCGACGGUUAUGCCGAAUCCCUCGGCCUCGCAGGUACACCCCAGAUCAAGUACCAAAAGGGCGACGACAUCAAGCGCCUCAAGAACGCCUCUCGCGCCGCCAUCUCCAGCGGCUCCGAAUCCGAGUCGGACGGCGAGGGCAUCAAGCCCAAGAAGGACAAGAAACAAGUCCGGACCAAAUACGAAAAGAUGGCCGAGCGCCAAAACCAAGACGUCCUCUCCUCCCACUACCGCAAGCUCCUCGGCGAGGAGGACGCCGGGCCCGCCUCCGACGACGACGCCGACUUCCUCUCGGUCAAACGUGUCCUCGCAGACGACGCCCAGCUCGACGCGGCCGCGGGCGGCGACGCCCCCAACAGCACCACCACCGAACCCAAGGUCGUCAAACUCGGCAACAACUCAGAACUCAUCAUCGACUCCCACCGCCGCGAGAAGCUGCUCAAGUCCAAGAAGAAGCUGCUCAAGUACAUGGACAAGGGCAGCAAGCUAGUCUUCGACGACGACGGCGUCGGCCGACCCGUCUAUGAGCUGCAGGACGAGGACGACUUUGCGCAGCAGGGCCCCGCCGCCCACCUGCGCCAGCAGUUUGUCGCGGCCGAGUCUGAGAAGGUGAAAGAGGCUGAUGUUGGUGAUAAGCAGGCGGCGAAGCUGCGCCGGCGCGAGAAGAGGGAGCGGCAGAAGGCACGGGAGCGCGGGGAGGAGCUGGAGAGGGAGGGCGGCGGUGUGGCGAUGCUGGAUGGUGGUGGUGGCGGUGGGGAGGAUGAGGGUGGUGAUUAUGAUCCGCUUGCGCUGCUGCGGUCGUUGCCCGUUGCGGGUGGGGAGGGUGAUGGUGGGGGUGGUAGUGGUGGGGAAGAGGACGGGGAGAAGGAACCGCCGAGGAAGAAGGCGCGGAAGUGGUUCCAGGAUGAUUCGGACCAGGAAGACGAGGAUAAGCGGAAGAAGAAGAAGAAGGGUGGGAAGAAGGUCAUUGAGAUGGCGGAGGAGCCGGAGAAUCUCGAGGAUCUGGAGGCCUUGGCGGCUGGGCUGUUGGAGGAUUAGGAUGAUGCUGGUUAGAGUGUGUGAUUGCAUGAUACCUUUGUUGAUUAUGUCAUUGUCGCGUUGGAAGUUCGCCUACCUACUUAAUGGGCAAUGUGGGGGAAGCUACGGGUUCAGAGCCAAGUCGAGGGAGGCAUUUUUGUGUGACAGCGCAUGUGAAUUGCAACAGGAAUAAAUAUUUGCUGGCGGCUAGAAACGGAUCCUCAAGUAAUAAAAGCAUAUCUAACGUCAAAUCUGGAACGGUAUGGUAUCGUUCGCACUCCCCAAUACGCCAUGCGCCCCAAUCCCCCCAAACCCUUC